AUGUUAGUGUGCGUAUGGUGGCUCUGGACGAGUCUAACGGCUGUAUGGGCCGAAUGCGAUUUCGCACGGUUAUCUGGGCUCAGUCAGGAGCUGCGAUAUGACCAGUCAGCACUUCCACAGUACGCUCAGCUAAGCGCACAACUGGCUUUGUGUGAUACACAAGAGGCGAACCAUCUCCGUCAUCAACUUCUAUACAAGAGCGGACUCAUUCAAGUCUCGAGCGGAAACGAAUUGGCUGCACUUGAACUGUUUGAGGCCAUCCAGGAGUCGCCAGAGACCUCAGCGUUCGUAUCGCUGGCGCAAAAAAGACUACAGGAAAUAUAUCAGGAGUUCGGAUACUGGGAAAGGACUGAAGAUCCAAGUCUAGGUGCUCGUUACGAGACUCUUAAGGGAAAGCUUUUGUCAUAUUUGAGUCGCAACGAGCUCGUCCCUACCGAUCUCCUCAACGGAUUAGUCGGCUUGGCACCCUCGUCGCUAGACAUUCGCAUUCUCAUUAACGAUGCCCUGUAUUACGAUUUGUCGCGAACACUUAGUAUAAACGCCGCACAAUCGAUCAUCGAAAACUAUAAAAUCGUACUCAGCAAACACAAGAGGAUUGUCAGUGUCACUGAUAAGUUACACAUUCACCACGCAAUUUCAGUUUUGCAAAUGUUUGUCAUGUCUACUACGCCCACGAAUCUUAUGAGCUGCUUAGCUCUUGACAUGGAUUACAAGCCUUGUCGUGAACUUUCUAAGCUAUCCAGCAAAUUGAGGAGAAUCAACCCCGAAUUUACCUCUGUGAUGCACCCAGAUCAAUUUUUAGAACUCUCUGAAUUUGACUGGGCUAAAGUUUUGGAAUUUUAUAUCAAGAGUGCGAAGCCUAUUGUGUUUGAUGGUACCAAAAGUGGUAAGAACAACUUGGAAGUUCUUCGUGAUGUUCAACGAAAUCUUCUAACAGAACUACUGACACAAAGGACACUAUCCUCCAUCGAUAAAAAAUGGCAGCUCGAUAGCUCAGCUUCUUCCGCAUUCACAAUUUUUCAAGAUUUGAUAUUAUGUGAGGCGUAUGACCAGACUUCUCAGACUAAAAUUGCGGAUACUUACUACCGCGCAGCAUUGAAAGAUAAGUUACCUCAGGAAUCGCUGAGCCUAUUGAACGGUUUCACUGAGAAUCUUCAAAACCCUGAAAACGUGAAAGAUAUUCUUCACAAUUUAUGGCAAGAUUCACCUUCACUGGCUCUACACGCUGUCAGAAAAUGCCUUGUUGCCUUGGCGGCCAAAGAAAAGACGCGCUAUGGAAUUGACACCACUCAAGUAUGGUCUUUGUUGGAGAACUUCGCAAAAGACCAUGAAUGGGAUCGGUCUCAUAACGAGGCUAUCAAUAAGGUGAAGCGGAUAAUAAGCAAUGCGAGUGCCAAAAAGAGACGGGAAAAUCAGGAGAGGUUCAACCAGCAACAGCGACAACAGCAACAACGUCAACAACAGCAACAUCAGAAUGCUCCACCUCCAAUGAACGAUUUAUCAAAGAAAAAUCUCUACAAAGUCUUAGGAUUAUCACAGGAUGCCUCUUACAAGGAUAUCCGUAAAUCGUACCUGUUAAUGACAAGAAAGUAUCAUCCAGAUAAACAAGGGCAACUAUCGGAGGAACAGAAACAGAAAAACGAGGAAAAGAUGUCUCAAAUUAACGAAGCUUAUGAAAUAUUGAGUGACGAGGAAAAACGGAAAGAUUACGACAAUCAGAGGUCUGGAAGAGGUACUCAAAGACAACGCUCCCCAUUCGGCAAUAACAAUGGUGGCGGUUUCCCUUUCGGAGGCGGAAACUUUAAAAUGAAUUUUGGAGGGUUUGCUUGA